CAUGUAAACUGUUCAAACCUGCCACAGAUUGGAAUAACUGACUUUGAGCAUAUGAAGGAAGUUUCAAGUCAUGUGCGAGAAUUGCUGGAAAUAGAGGAGGCCCCCUUUGUCAAAAGCAUUUCUCUCCCUCACAGAGAUAACAUUGGUUUGUUUCUAGAGAAAAAAUCUCGGACUGGAGCACGAAGUGAUGCUCUUACCUAUUCUCAGUUUAUCAAGGAAGAAGGAUUAGAAGCAUUUGAGCCACAGCCUCCAAGUCCACCGCACGAAGAUUCCCAGCAUGAAGGUUCCCAGCAUGAAGGUUCCCAGCAAGCUAGUUCAGUGUUCUCAAAUAAAUAAAAAA